UCUGUUCUCCAUCCUCCUCAGACUACCGAAAUGUUCAUGUCCCGCUCUCUCUGAGUGUUUCCUGGUUAGCUAGCUGUGACACUGAUCUCAGACUCUGACGUUCCACUCCACUCUGUCCAUUUCUCUCUCUGUCAAUCAGCUAUGUCUAAUAUCGUCAUGGAAACUCUCCUGUCCUGGGACCUGGUGUCUGUGGUCAUCAUGCUGUUCCUUGUCUCUACAGGUGACUCAACAAAAUAUCAGAAAAAUAAAUCAGCUUCUUUGGGAGAAAUUGUUACUUUGGUUUGCAAUAACUCAGAGACGAAUGCAUCAUACAUCUGGAAGAAGGAUACAGUUCUUAUUUUCUCUCAUAGUGACAAACUGAAUAAAACUGAAAGGAACAUCACCUCUGACAGGAUGAGUGUUGAUCCACCUACAAAGCUGACUAUCUUUAAUGUAGAGUUAAAUGACACCGGGAGCUACAGCUGUCAAAUAACAGAUGAUCAACGUGGUGUAUGGAAAAUGGAGUGGAAUUUGACCAUCACUAAUAACCUCACAGGUCAUGCUGAAUAUAACCUACGGAGGUUAUUGCUCUUCACAAUUCCAUCUGCUAUUGGAGGAGGGGUUCUCUGCAUUAACAUCUGUUGUAUGGUCUGGCUGUGUAGGAAACGAAAACAGGAACAGAAAAGUCAUUGUGAUAAGCACGGAGAGGAGAGCAAUGCACAGUCUGAUGGUCACACUGCCAGAAGAGAACAACACCAGUGCAGUCAAUACUUUGAAAGACUCAACUCAGUCUAUGGACUGUAGUAAUCACACAGCAGUUACUUAACAUGCCAAAAAAGAGUCAAGUAUCAUAGACGGGUUAGCUGACAAGGUCACGACAACAAAGCACAUGCUUCAAUGAGGAAGAAGUCCAUGUGUAGUUGUGGUUCUGGAUGACCAGAUAACUAGCAACAUUGACAAGAAGCUGCUAUGUGGGAAUCUUAGGUGGUUCGUUUCAGCUUGUUGUGUCUAGUUAGUGAUACUGUGAUGGAACAUUUUCUGUUUGUGUUUUUCUAAUAACCAAUUUCUGUGCUCAUGCAAGUGACUGAUUGAACAUGCAGAGGAGGAAUCCUCACUAUCAGUAUGCAAUUUGGCAGUACACCCAGAACCGUGUUUUGAGAACUAAAGGGAUAUCUUAGUUUCAAGGUCUCAGCUUGGAGAGAGGAAGCCUCUUAAGGUAUUGGUCAGUCACAUGCAUGAACCAAACGUUAAUGAUGAAUUAAUGAUGAAUAAUGAAUAAGCCAAACCAUGCAAAUAUAACUUGUCUGUGUGAGCAGUAUAUAAGAGAACUAACGGGACUGGCCCGGUGAAGCUCACUUCAGACCGACACUUUAUGCAUCUCCGUUUGACUGGGACGUCUUCAGCGUGCUGUAAAUAAACAAUGCUUCAUUUAAGAUUGACUUCAAGUGUCCCUGUGUAGAAUUUCCAUGACAAUGCCAUAUCUUGUUUUGAAGUGUUUUGACACAUCUAGCUAAUAUGGCAAAAAUGUGCUAGCUAGCUAAACAACAACUGUAACAGCGUAUUUGAGAGACAACAAGUGCUCAAUGUGCAAAUGUAUUUAUGUUUCCAAUGGUAACACUUUACUUGACACCCAGCGGCAUACCACGUUAUGACACCCUCAUAACCAUAUCAUAAUAUGUCAUAACAACUGACAUAACGUGUCAUAUCCUGUCAUUAUAUGGUCAUAACACUGUCAUGACACAUAUAUGUACACCUGUUGUGACAUAUAUUGCAUUAUUUUAUGGCUGGUUGGUUAU